GUCAGAGCCACCAGCGGAGACGAUCUAUAUACGUUCUUCUCUAUGGUUCCGCGCUCCACGCCUCCGGCCGCAGUGCAUGCCGGGCAAGAGGAAGACCUCCAGCAGCUCCCCGCGCAGCGCGGCUGUGUUUGCGGCCUGUGCGAGUAGGCGCUUCUGCAUUCAGUCUCCUGGGCGAGCACCGCGCGGAAACCUCGAACCAGUGGAGCGCACUCGUAACCUGGAUCCCCGAAGGCCGCGAAGGCAGUACCGUUUCCUCAGCGGCGGACUGCUGCAGUAAGAAUGUCUUUUCCCCCUCAUUUGAAUCGCCCUCCCAUGGGCAUCCCAGCACUCCCACCAGGGAUCCCACCCCCGCAGUUUCCAGGAUUUCCUCCACCUGUACCUCCAGGGACCCCAAUGAUUCCUGUACCAAUGAGCAUUAUGGCUCCUGCUCCAACCGUCUUAGUACCCACUGUGUCUAUGGUUGGAAAGCAUUUGGGCGCAAGAAAGGAUCAUCCAGGCUUAAAGACUAAAGAAAAUGAUGAAAAUUGUGGUCCCACUACUACUGUUUUUGUUGGUAACAUUUCUGAGAAAGCCUCAGACAUGCUUAUAAGACAACUCUUAGCUAAAUGUGGUUUGGUUUUGAGCUGGAAGAGAGUACAAGGUGCUUCUGGAAAACUUCAAGCUUUCGGAUUCUGUGAGUACAAGGAGCCAGAAUCUACUCUCCGUGCACUCAGAUUAUUACAUGACCUGCAAAUUGGAGAGAAAAAGCUACUCGUUAAAGUUGAUGCAAAGACCAAGGCACAGCUGGAUGAAUGGAAAGCAAAGAAGAAAGCUUCUAAUGGGAAUGCAAGGCCAGAAACUGUCACUACCGACGAUGAAGAAGCCUUGGAUGAAGAAACAAAGAGGAGAGAUCAGAUGAUUAAAGGGGCCAUUGAAGUUUUAAUACGUGAAUAUUCCAGUGAGCUAAACGCCCCCUCACAGGAAUCUGAUUCUCACCCCAGGAAGAAGAAGAAGGAAAAGAAGGAGGACGUAUGUGUUCUGACAACAUAUCAUUUCUACAGUUUGUUUUUUAUGAUACUACUCUUAAGCUCUGAUUACAUGUCAGAUUUUGAAGGGAAAUCAAAACUGGAAGAAGAGAAAGGCAAAAAGGAAAAAGAAAGACAGGAAAUUGAGAAAGAACGGAGAGAAAGAGAGAGGGAGCGUGAAAGGGAACGAGAAAGGCGAGAACGGGAACGAGAAAGGGAAAGAGAACGUGAACGAGAAAAGGAGAAGGAACGGGAGCGGGAACGAGAACGGGAUAGGGACCGUGACCGGACAAAAGAGAGAGACCGAGAUCGGGAUCGAGAGAGAGAUCGUGACCGGGAUCGAGAAAGGAGCUCAGACCGUAAUAAGGAUCGAAGUCGAUCAAGAGAAAAAAGUAGAGAUCGUGAAAGGGAACGAGAGCGGGAAAGAGAGAGAGAGAGAGAACGAGAGCGAGAACGAGAACGGGAGCGAGAGAGAGAGCGAGAGAGGGAACGGGAGCGAGAAAGAGAAAAAGACAAAAAACGGGACCGAGAAGAAGAUGAAGAAGAUGCAUAUGAACGACGAAAACUUGAAAGAAAACUCCGAGAGAAAGAAGCUGCUUAUCAAGAGCGCCUUAAGAAUUGGGAAAUUAGAGAACGAAAGAAAACCCGGGAAUAUGAGAAAGAAGCUGAAAGAGAAGAAGAAAGAAGAAGAGAAAUGGCCAAAGAAGCAAAACGACUAAAAGAAUUCUUAGAAGACUAUGAUGAUGAUAGAGAUGACCCCAAAUAUUACAGAGGAAGUGCUCUUCAGAAAAGGCUGCGUGAUAGAGAAAAGGAAAUGGAAGCAGAUGAACGAGAUAGGAAGAGAGAGAAAGAGGAGCUUGAGGAAAUCAGGCAACGCCUUCUGGCAGAAGGGCAUCCAGAUCCAGAUGCAGAGCUCCAGAGGAUGGAACAAGAGGCCGAGAGGCGCAGGCAGCCACAAAUAAAGCAAGAGCCAGAAUCAGAAGAGGAAGAAGAAGAAAAGCAAGAAAAAGAAGAAAAACGAGAAGAACCCAUGGAAGAGGAAGAAGAACCAGAGCAAAAGCCUUGUCUCAAACCUACUCUGAGGCCCAUCAGCUCUGCUCCGUCCGUUUCCUCUGCCAGUGGCAAUGCAACACCCAACACUCCUGGGGAUGAGUCUCCCUGUGGUAUUAUUAUUCCUCAUGAAAAUUCACCAGAUCAACAGCAACCUGAGGAGCAUAGGCCAAAAAUAGGAUUAAGUCUUAAACUGGGUGCUUCCAAUAGUCCUGGUCAGCCUAAUUCUGUGAAGAGAAAGAAACUACCUGUAGAUAGUGUCUUUAACAAAUUUGAGGAUGAAGACAGUGAUGACGUACCCCGAAAAAGGAAACUGGUCCCCUUGGAUUAUGGUGAAGAUGAUAAAAAUGCAGCCAAAGGCACCGUAAACACUGAAGAAAAGCGUAAACACAUUAAGAGUCUCAUUGAGAAAAUCCCUACAGCCAAACCUGAGCUCUUUGCUUAUCCCCUGGAUUGGUCUAUUGUGGAUUCUAUACUGAUGGAACGUCGAAUUAGACCAUGGAUUAAUAAGAAAAUCAUAGAAUAUAUAGGUGAAGAAGAAGCUACAUUAGUUGAUUUUGUUUGUUCUAAGGUUAUGGCUCAUAGUUCACCCCAGAGCAUUUUAGAUGAUGUUGCCAUGGUACUUGAUGAAGAAGCAGAAGUUUUUAUAGUCAAAAUGUGGAGAUUAUUGAUAUAUGAAACAGAAGCCAAGAAAAUUGGUCUUGUGAAGUAAAACUUUUUAUAUUUAGAGUGUUCCAUUUCAGAUAUCUUCUUCACCACCCUUUUAAAGACUUCAAAUUUUUCUUUGUCUUCGAAGACAUUGUGAGAGCUGUAAUUUUUUUUUUAUUGUAGAAAAUGUGAAUUUUUUUGUCCUCUAAUUUGUUGCCCUGUGUACUCCCUUGGUUGUAAAGUCAUCUGAAUCCUUGGUUCUCUUUAUACUCACCAGGUACAAAUUACUGGUAUGUUUUAUAAGCCGCAGCUACUGUAUACAGCCUAUCUGACAUAAUCUUGUUCUGCUGAUUUGUUCCUUGUAAAUAUUAAAACGACUCCCCAAUUCUUUUGCAGAAUUGCACUUAAUAUUGAAAUGUACUGUAUAGGAACCAACAUGAACAAUUUUAAUUGAAAACACCAGUCAUAUCUAUUACCACCCCUACUCUCUUUUGAUCAGAAAUGGCAAGCCCUUGUGAAGGCAUGGAGUUUAAAAUUAGAAUGCAAAAAUUAGCAGACAAUCCAUUUCUACUGUAUUUCUGUAUGAAUGUGUUCUAUGAAUGUAUGUGUAAAAGUCUUUCUUUUCCCUAAUUUGCUUUGGUGGGGUCCUUAAAACAUUUCCUAACAGAAUUGUAAAGGAAAAGUUACAUUGUUCGAACCCAAAAUGUCUGGUAUAAUUAGGUUGUUAGUUUCUCAUAGCAUGGUAUUCUGGUGUAGUGAGCAACAGUCUGCUAACUGGAUGGGGUUUCCAUAUUAAUAAGCUGGCUGCUUCAGUUUCUCUUUUAAAGGAAUAUGGAUCAUAGUGAUUUUCCCCUUUAAUUUUAUUGCUCAGAAAUGAGGCAUACCCUAAAAUCCUGGAGAGUUGUAUUUAAUGCAUUUUUGCACUAAUUGGUCCUUAGUUUAAUUAUAUCCCUUUAUUUAACAAAAAAUUCAUUUCAAAAGUAUAAGUGAAAACCCCCUUUAGAACAAAACAAAAAAUGAAACUAGGCAAAUUGACAGACAAUGAGAGUUUUACAAACAUGAUAGGUAUUCUGCUUGGCAACUUACAAGUUAUAUUUACAUCUUAUUUAAGGAUGAAGGUAAAUCAUCAAGGUAAUUACCAACCACUAAUUUUUUUGUUUCAUUUUUGUCCUGUAGAAGGUUUAUAUCGUUUUGCCUUGGCUCAUUAGUGUUUAAAAAUGCACUGAUGAUGUGCUCAGAGAAAUUCCUGGGACUCUCUUUGUUGUAGAUCAGAAUUUCACCAGGGAGCAAAAUUACCUGAAAAUGUAACAAGUUUCAAACAGCUUUUCACACAAAUUAGUUGUAACUGUUCCCAUGUCUGAGUACUUAUUUAAAAGAAAGGUAAAGAUUGGCCUGUUAGAAAAGCAUAAUGUGAGCUUUGAAUUACUGGAUUUUUUUUUAAACACCUUGAGAGGACAUUUGAAAAAACUGUUCUUACACUUGAACCCUGACAUGGUUCCAUUAUGUAAAUAUUUCAAAUAUUAAAAAUGUAUAUAUUUGAUCCUGGGGACUCAUAUUCUUUCAGAAUCAUGUAAAUAAAUGGCAUCGUAUUAUAAUUGUGUGGUGCAUACUAGAAAACUUAGAAAUAUGGGCUGAGUUUUUUUAUGGACAUGAUUUUUAUGACUAUUGGUAUCUAAAGGUCAAGGAAGCCAUUUGCAUUAUUUUUGAUGGAUCUACUAUAUAUCUGCGGAAAUACCUCUUUUUAUUAUAUUUUGAAUUCUGGUUUCUCGAGGGAAAAUUUCGGAAAAGAUGCCCCUUGCCAUUUUCAAGUUUCUUUUUCAGCUUUUUCUCAGACACACCCCCAAGCUAAGAUCUUGUUUGAGCAAUUUAUUGUGUCUGUCUUUUUUUUUUUUUUAACAUACUACAAUUACUGUUUCUAAGGCAUCAUAUUAUGUUGUUUUUAUUUAGCCACUACUAACAUGAAGAUUUAUUCAGGUAGAUUUGAUUUCCUUUCCUUGGUUUCUUCUCCUGCUCUGUCAAGUAAACUUAUCCUAAAGGACCACUCUAAAAACAAAGCACAUCUCUUAAUCUGAAACCCUUAGGGAGGUAUACUAUGUACUGCAUAACAUCUCCAAUGAGGUUUAUGGUAGGACCUCUACUAAACAUAUGAGUUUGUGCAAGUUUAUGUAUUAAAGUUUCUGCUGCAGAGUGAAAAUUGCUACAGUUAAGUGGGGUAGAGACUGUUAAUCACUUAAUGCCAGUGUAAAUCAUGUUUUGUGACCAAGCUUCAGUAAAAGCCUUUAGAUUGUCA